AUGUUACGGGUUAAUCCACAAGUAUUACAAGCUCAAGCACAAUUGGGUGGAAAAGAUUUAAUACCAUUUUAUAAAUUAUUAGAAGAUGGAAGAGAAGGAGAAAUUUAUAGAGAAAUGGAAGAUUUAUUUUAUUAUAGUCAAUUAAGAUUUCAAGAUAUAAAUCAAUUUGAUCGUCGUGAAGUAACACGAAAAAUUCCAUUAAGUGAAAUAACAUUUGUUAUGAAAGCAUUUGGUUAUUAUCCAACUGAACAAGAAAUUGAAGAAAUACUUAAUGAAGUUAAAUUCAGUACCUAUGUGGAAACAAAUAUUAACGCUGAACAUAUUGAUCUCAAUGAUUUUAUUAAAUGUCUAUUUAUUGAAAAUCAAUUACCUGAUCAAGUAACUUGUUUAUCACAAGAAACAUGUUGCGAAACAAGUACUGGUUUAUGGGCAUGUUGUCCAAUAAAAGAUGGUCUUUGUUGUGAUGAUGGUAUUCAUUGUUGUGCAAACGGUCAAACAUGUUUACCUAAUGGACAAUGUUCUUCAUCUUCAAAUGAUAUUAAUCCUGCUUUAGCAUUAAAAAUUCGACUAAAUCCAAUUGAUUCGGUUCCAUGUCCAGAUGGAAGUUCUUGUCCUGAUGAUAAUACUUGUUGUCAAUUAUCUUCAGGUCAAUAUGGUUGUUGUCCACUUGCUGAUGCUGUUUGUUGUAGUGAUCAUCUUCAUUGUUGUCCACAUGGAUAUACUUGUGAUGUUGAAAAAGGUCAAUGCAACCCGGGAAUAUCAAUUCCAUGGUUUAAUAAAAACCCAUCGUUUCAUCGAAAACAAAAAUUAAUAGAUCUUAUUGAUGAUAAACAAAUAAAUAUAUAUGAAUUAAAUCCAUCGUCAAACUCAAAUCCUGAAAUCAUUUGCCCAGAUGCUACAAGUUUAUGUCCAUCAACAUCAACUUGUUGUUUGACACCUGACUCAACAUGGGGUUGUUGUCCAGUAGAAAAAGCAGUUUGUUGUUCUGAUCAUGAACAUUGUUGUCCUCAACAUUACAAAUGUGAUUUACAUAUAUUUAAAUGUGAUCAUCCAUUAUUUGGAUCAAUAAAUAUGUUAAAAAAAGAAGCAUCAUUAUAUAAAAUAUCAUCGAAUUUAAUUCUUUCAAAUGAUCAAUCAACAAUUUCAACAAUUCAAUGUCCUGAUGGAAAAUCAUAUUGUCCGGAAGAAACAACGUGUUGUCAAUUGAAAGAUGAUACCUAUGGAUGUUGUCCAUAUCCUCAAGCAUCUUGUUGUUCAGAUAAAAUUCAUUGUUGUGGAAAUGGAUAUUCAUGUGAUGAUAGUGGUAAAAGAUGUAUUCGUCAUUUAAGUUCAUUAAAUAAAACUGAUAUAAAACCGUCUGCUCGAAAACUUUUAUCAUUUAAAAUGAAAACAAAUGUUGAAUCAUUUUCAAAAUUAUCUCCAUUAAAAGAUCAAACAUGUCCUGAUGGUAAAACAAUAUGUUCACCUAGUUCAACAUGCUGUCCCAAUAAACAAAAUAAUCAAGUUACAUAUUCAUGUUGUCCAUAUUCAAAAGGUGUAUGUUGUGGUUCAAAUGGUUCAGUUUGUUGUCCAAAUGGUUAUACUUGUAAUCAAGAACAACUUUCUUGUCAAUUAAGUGAUACAUCAAUAUUAUUGCGAGAUGCUCCAUCGGAUACCGAUUAUAAUCGUUGUGGAAUAUCAGAUGUUGCUUGUUUAGAUAGUCAAACAUGUUGUAGAACUUAUGGAUCAAAUGAUGGUGGAUAUGCUUGUUGCGCCUUUGCUGAUGCUCAAUGCUGUGACGAUGGUAAACAUUGUUGUCCGAGAGGUACAAGAUGCGAUGUUCAAUCUGGUGGAUGUGUUCAAAAUGAUUAA